ACAUGGAGUUGGAACCAGAAAGGGAAUCCAGAUCUCACAUAGACAGCCCAGGGUUUUCUCAAAUUACCCAUCAAAUGUUGCCCUAUAUAUGUUUUACAGGUGACAGGUACUAGGUGUCUGAAGAGAUGGAAACAUCAUGGAGGAAGUAAGAGAGAACUGAAACAUGCACUGAGGCAAGAGUGUCAAGGACAUGCUCAGCAGGUACAGUGACUGCUCUAGUUUUGUAUCAAGACACUCAGACCACAAUCCUUUUAUUAUUAAUGAGUAUCAUUCCUUAUUCUUGUAGAUAAUUCAGGCCCCAGGAAGGUGGAACUUGCUGAAUGGACCUCCUCACACCUCCCAACAAUGUAACUGAAUUUCUUCUCUUGGGACUCACACAGAAUCCACACUUGCAAAAAAUACUUUUCAUUGUCUUUUUGCUCAUUUUCCUAUUCACUCUGCUGGCCAAUCUGUUCAUUGUGAUUACCAUCUCCCUCAGCCCUGCACUUUCAGCUCCUAUGUACUUCUUUCUCACUUACUUGUCCUUAAUCGAUGCCAUAUAUACAUCUGCCACCACCCCAAAAGUGAUCAUUGACUUGCUUUACCAGAGGAAAACCAUCUCCUGGGGUGGCUGCAUGACUCAGCUCUUUGUGGUACACUUCCUGGGAGGAUCAGAGAUCAUCAUCCUGGUUGUCAUGGCCUAUGACCGCUAUGUGGCCAUCUGCAAGCCUCUGCACUACACGACCAUCAUGUGCCAUCGGCUUUGCCAGCUCCUGGUGGUGGUGGCCUGGAUUGGGGGGAUCCUACAUGCCACUGUGCAGAUUCUUUUCACUGUUGACUUGCCCUUCUGUGGUCCCAAUGUCAUUGACCACUUUAUGUGUGACUUUUUCUCACUGUUAAAACUGGCCUGCAGUGACACUUACAAGCUUGGCAUUGUGGUGGCUGCUAACAGUGGGGGCAUGUGCUUACUGAUUUUUUUCAUGUUACUCAUCUCCUACAUAGUUAUCCUGAGCUCCCUGAAAUCCCAUGGUGCUGAAGGACGACGCAAAGCUCUGUCUACAUGUGGCUCCCACUUUACAGUAGUGAUGCUCUAUUUUGUCCCUUGUAUAUUCACCUACACAUGUCCUGUGGAGACUUACUCUGUGGACCUGUUGAUGAGUGUGUUCUUUAUAAUCCUCACUCCCAUGUUAGAUCCUAUCAUUUACACAGUGAGAAACACAGAGGUGAAAAAUGCCAUGAGGAGUUUGUUGAAGAGGAGAGUAACUUAA